UAUUUUACUACUGGACGAUGGAAAAUAGCGCGCAAAUAAUGUCCUGCUCGAUGUUGUAAUCAAAACCAGAAACGGGCUCAUGGGUUACGCAAUGACACGACCAGGAAGAAUUUCAACCGAUUAGAUUCACUAGCAGACAAUAGGUUUUGUUGACGACUUUUGCAAAGGAUCUAUCAUCGCAUUGAAGCUCGUCCACAUAAACGCACAUAUCCGACUGAGUUGACACGAUGCUCGAGUAUAGGACAGUGCCCGAUUCAAACAGGACCAUGAUGGUCAAUGAAUUUCGACAUAGACCCAAAGACAAUGGAUCUCUAUGUAGAGAUCCAUCUAAAAAGGACGUGUGCAACAACCGAACGAGCUCUAAGCCACCAACCCAUUGACGUCCAUUCGUUUCUACUUUCAGUUUCUGCGCAUUUUACAUUUAGCAACAUGUCGAACGCAAACUCUCUGAUUGUAGUUGCAGAUCCCCUAGCUCUAAUGGUUAGAGUCUAGAUUAGUGGGAAUAAAUUUAUCAUGCAGCUGUCAAGCUCAAGUUGGGGCUAAGGCUUUCGUAUCUUCAAUCGUAGAACAGCAGGUAGCGUACGAAGUUACUUACGUUUCUAUUUUUUUAAACGUACGCGCAGAUCCAGUUAGUGAAGUUCUUGGACCUGACCUGUGAACUGUUUCACUUGGCUUUACAUCAAGCGAAAGCGGACGAAUUAAGCUUUGACGAUAUCGUUUUAAUUUAAGAAAUUAUACUAUAAGCUACCGAACAAAAUAAGCCAGUUACACGUAAUGGAGAUGACGAGUCGGAUCUGUCCAUUAUUAGUAAAUGCUGUCUUGGAGGAGAACUAUUCGGUUGACAGGCGUCUUCACUCAAACGAGUUUCAUCCCGACGAGUACCGUCACGCUGAAUAUUUUGUCACCUCACGUCGACAGACGCAGCCUUUUCAGAAUGAGCGCAGCGUGGUAAAGCCCGACGACGUUGUGUAUCAGCGGACGAUGAUUCGAAACCCUGAAGACGCGUUUACGGCCACGAUCCAGACGGACUUCCAGUGCCCAAGGGGGCGCCCGGGCUACUACGCCGACGUACAAAACGGAUGUCGGGUGUUCCACAUUUGUCACCAGUAUACAAUGCCCAACGGAGAACCCCACUCCAUUCGGUAUUCGCAGCUUUGUCCUCCUGGAACUAUCUUCGAUCAGGUGACGCUGACCUGCAACUUCAUCUGGGCAGCUGUUUCAUGCGAGUCGGCAAACCAGUUCUUUUACAUAAACUCGAACCUAUACCUACCCGACAGGCAUUUCAUUUCAGAUGCCGAUGUUGAAAGAGCCCGUUCUCUCAAUCCGUCUAGUUACAGGGCAUACAAACCAGAGCGUUAUAUGACUGAUGUUCCGGCUGCUCCUGUUACGACGAGGACCACAACAACAAUACCAAGGACAAACAUUGCAAAAAGUGUUGCUCCGGCCACCUAUAGUCCACCUCCUUCUCUUGCUCCACGCGCACCUGCCGUCAGAAGCUACGAGAAAACUCGGUAUAUCUCCCGACCAGCCAUCAUCUAUAACAUCCAGGGCGGCGGAAGGCGAAUUCGCUACGACACGCAUAUGGCAACACAUGAUGGCGGUCACUCUGACAUUUAUGUCGAAAGGAAUUUGGUUGAGCCGCUCACCACGACAUAUGUGCGGCCCGCAUCCGUGCGCGAAAAGCUCGUGGCAGAAUCACCUCGACAUACUCAGAAUGCGAUCACUAGACCGUCGUCACACUCACGCCGUCACUACUACAUACAUCAGUCCGAGACCCCUAAGGUUAACACAGAUACUGCGCAAGUGCAGUUCUCAACUUACGCGCCACAUAUGGGUUUUCUAGGUUUCAUACCCGAUCAACGUUACACGACAAUCUCGUUAGCUAGCUAUCCUUACAAUCACAAUUACACGUCUAGCGGAACGUUGCGUUCGUUCGAUUCGCGCUAUAAGUAUAAUCCAGUCCUCAAUGCUCCUGUACAUUCACCGAAGGAAGUGCCUAGGUUUGAAACGCUAGCGCCCGGGCGCAUCCGACCUCUCGGCUACGUUAGUGAACACGACCCAUCCUACGAGCGUAGUUACAAAUUUAGCUUGCCGACCCAGCGGCCGCUCAUUCCAGCUUCGGAAUUUCCGGGCUUCCGACAGAGUGCCAAAGGCGUUUUCCGAAGCUCGCUUACUAGUCAGCGCCACGACCCUCACGCAUAUCACCACAGUCAUCAUCAGCAUCAUCAUAAUAAUCUCUAUGAACCCGGUCAGCGAGUUACGUCCGCUCCACUUCCGCCCACUACAUUUUCCCAGCAGCGAUCCCUGCCUGCCGUACCCGCGGUGCCGGUUACGACUGAAAAACGCCCGGCCUCUCCAAAAACUGAAGAAAUUGUCGACGAAGUUCUUAUCGAUAAGGCACGCCGGCCAGUAGCGUUCACUCUGCAGCAGUAUGACUCGCGUCACAACCGUCAUUUUGAACGGCGCGUAAGAUUGCCUGAAGAAACCAUAGAGUUCGUUCAGGAGCCGGUAACAGUUCGCGGGGGUACACGCGUGAAGACGCUAUUUUCCACUACCGCUGACGAAGUCCCAUAUCUUAAACGAACGGCUCGUUCGUAUAAAGAAUUCGUGGGGCCAAUUUUUAAGGGUGCUUCUGCGAUACCCGGCGUUAUCCCUCAAGAAUAUCUCGAGUAAAUAGACAUGACCUUUUGACUAGCGCAUGCAGAUCAAGCAUCUGCUUUAUCUGUUUUCUAAGAUCCCCAUUACAGCCUGUUUCGCAGAAAACAAUGAAAUUCUACCUAUGGUUAGCAACAGCCAAGCACGAACAUUGAUGGAAACACGAAGAAGGAGUCAGACAUAAGGACCAAACAGCACAAUGUUCCUCUAGUUGAGAGAGAUUGAGCACAAGCUGGCUGACUAGUUCCCAUGUAUGUUGCCAUCAUCAUCUAUGCGAUGCAUAUGGCUUUGAUGCUACUUCUUUAUUUCCUGGUCUUUCUUCCUUUCCAUAUUUCUCACGCUUCCCAUCGUUAUAGAUGUUCAUCCUAAUCUCAUUUUAAGCCUUGUUUCUCUCCGGUUUGCAUCCUCUCAUUCUCCCUCUCUCGUUUCCUAUAGUUCUUAUGCGUUUAAUUUUCCUUAUACUUGUCAAACUAUUCCUUCUACGAUAAACUAGACGCCCUUCUUCGAGCAACUGCAAACUCAGUCUAUUUGCUCAUCGAUAAAGCAGGCGCACACCGCGCCCCAACGCACCGUAUUCCAUGUCUUGCUUUUUCCAGCUCCAACGUAGGCAAACGUUCCUUUCUGCUCUUCUUUGACAAACACACACACAUUGGCCUUGUUGUAACAUACAAGCCCGUACUGGCUUUAAGAGGAAGGUUAGAAGAAACCGUCUGCCCUGGCAGCCCGCCACCAUCUUUUCGGUAAAUUUGUUUCAUCAAUCCUCAUUACUGAAGUUCCUUCUAUAAAGCUGGCGUCUCUUAUGUAAGGACUCUGCUUCUAUUUAGAAGCACUUUUCCUUUUCUGCUUCUUUUUUCUCCUUGUCCUCGAUUUGCUUUUGCCUUCGCCGUCAAACGCUGUUAAUUCACCUUUGGCGUUUGUCGGCAGUGACGAGGGCACGAAGUGCCGAGUUACACGACAAAGCGAUCCUGAGGCGGGCUGAAUUCUAAAGGUAACGGAAUGAUGCCUGCGAUAGCUGCGAAGGCGGAUCGACGACUUCACUGAGGAGUCGAAAUGACGUAACAGUGCUGCUAGAAUGAUUAUAAAAGCCUGCGCGACCAACAUUUAUUUGUAUCUCACUCAUCUACCGUUCAUCAGAUUCCAUGGCGGGAAGACUUUUUAAGCAUCAUGUCAGAUUGUUACUUGUUGUUGGUUCCGGUUCGGGAGACAGCCCACAUUCACAUUGCGUUUGUACCUGUCAUUGUUCUAACUAAAUGUUACUGUAUAUUUAUUUUCUGUUAUAAUAUGAGUAAUAAAUGGU